AUGGCAUCGUCAUCAGAUAAUGAAGUUGCCCUCGAAUUCAGGUUCUUCCGGGUUUACAAAGACGGCCGUGUUGAAUUAUUCAAGCCACACUUCAAAAAAAUCCCACCGUCCGACGAUCCAGUUACCGGGGUCCAAUCAAAAGAUGUGAUUAUCUCAUCUAAACCUCAAGUCUCUGCCCGUGUUUUCUUGCCAAAACUCAAACACCCUAACCAAAAACUUCCUCUCUUACUAUACAUCCACGGGGGUGGAUUUUCAAUGAAAUCUGCCUUUUCUCCUGUCUACCACAAGUUGUGCAGCCAAGUUGCUCAUGAGGCUGACUUUGUAGUUGUCUCUGUGGAAUACGGUCUCUUUCCGACCCGACCCAUACCCGCAUGCUACGAGGAUUCUUGGGCUGUGCUCCAGUGGGUGGCAUCAAAUGCUAAUGGGAAUGGACCUGAACCAUGGCUGAAUGAUCAUGUUGAUUUUGGGAAAGUUUUCAUGGGGGGAGAUAGUGCUGGAGGUAACAUAUCACAUACUUUGGCUUUUCGGGUCGGGUCAAUUGGGCUGCCCCACGGAGUGAAGGUUGUUGGGGUGGUCAUGGUGCAUCCUUUUUUCGGAGGUACUAAGGAUGAUGAAAUGUGGUUGUACAUGUGCCCAACGAAUAGUGGGCUCAAUGAUCCUAGGAUGAACCCGGGUAUAGAGGAUCUUGCUAGGCUUGGCUGUGAGAGGAUGUUGAUCUUUGUAGCUGAGGAAGACUAUUUGACUGUUGCAGCCAAGAAUUACUAUGAGAAGUUGAAGAAGAGUGAAUGGAAAGGAACUGUUGAGCUUGUUGAGAAUGAAAAAGAAGACCACUGCUUUCAUUUGCUUGAUCUCGAUGGUGAGAAGGCUGUGGAAAUGAGGCAUAAGUUUGUUUCGUUUCUCAGACAAGACUAG